ACUAAUCCCAAAAAUCAAUUACUUUUUCAUCCACCAACCCAACAAAUCAAUCAAAUGCAAGCAUUUCUAUCUCUCUCUUUCUGAACUGUGUACACUUUUUUGAAACCAAUAAAGCCAAACACCCACCUCAACUCAACACUCCACACUACUACUCACUCUCUUUUUCCCAGUUCUUAUCGUAACCAGAAAAAUGGCUCUGAACUCACCAUUUCUUACCCUCACAAUAGUAGCACUCUACAUCACAACACUUUCUCUUCUUCCAUCUUCAACCUCCACUCGUACUUCACCAUCAUCAUCACAAACUCCUUCUCAGUUCUCUACCACUCUUCUUAACAUCUCUUCUUCCCUCCACCAAACCCACCAAGUCCGCACCUUUAACCCUCAAACACUUGAAUCUUUUCACCAACAAGAAAUCCAACACACACCCACUUCAUCUUCUCCUUCUUUCUUCUCUGUUCAGUUACACCCAAGAGACUCUCUCCACAAUGCAAACCACCAAGACUACAAAACCCUGGUCCUGGCCCGACUCGCCCGUGACUCAGCCCGAGUCAACUCGCUCACCACAAAGCUCCAACUCGCCCUCAACGACGUUAAAAAGUCGGAUCUCCAUCCGACCCAAACGGACCUGCUCCGACCCGAAGAUCUCUCCACGCCGGUUUCCUCCGGCACCGGCCAAGGCAGCGGCGAGUACUUCUCUCGGGUCGGCGUGGGUCGACCCGCGAAGCCACUCUACAUGGUUCUCGACACCGGAAGCGACGUGAACUGGAUCCAGUGCAAGCCAUGCUCCGAUUGCUACCAACAAUCCGACCCGAUUUUCGACCCGACUACAUCCUCCUCGUUCUACCCGUUAACCUGCGACGCGCAACAGUGCCAGGCGCUUGAAACCUCGGCGUGCCGUAACGGAAAGUGUCUCUAUCAGGUUUCUUACGGUGAUGGGUCGUUCACGGUUGGUGAAUACGUAACCGAAACGGUGUCGUUUGGUGAUUCCGGGUCAGUGAAUCGGGUCGCUAUCGGUUGUGGCCACGAUAACGAGGGUUUGUUCGUUGGCGCCGCUGGGUUACUCGGUCUCGGUGGUGGGGCCCUCUCAUUAACCUCGCAGAUCAAAGCGUCGUCGUUUUCGUACUGUUUGGUUGACCGUGACUCGGGAAAAUCGUCGACGCUCGAGUUCAACUCGCCCCGACCCGGCGACUCGGUCACCGCGACGCUGCUGAAGAACCAGAAGCUCGACACGUUUUACUACGUGGAGCUCACCGGCGUGAGCGUCGGCGGCGAUAUGGUGUCCGUUCCGCCGGAGACAUUCGCGGUUGGCAGCUCCGGCUCCGGCGGAAUCAUCGUGGACUCUGGCACGGCCAUAACUCGGUUGCGGACUCAGGCUUAUAACUCGGUUCGCGACGCGUUUAGGAGUCUGACUCAGAAUCUGCGUUCCGCAGAGAGCGUUGCGCUUUUCGACACGUGCUACGACUUGUCGUCUCUGCAGUCCGUGCGUGUGCCAACGGUGUCGUUUCACUUUAGUGGCGGGAACACGUGGAAUUUGCCGGCGAAGAAUUACUUGAUUCCGGUGGAUUCCGCCGGAACUUUCUGCUUCGCGUUUGCGCCGUCGUCGUCGGAGUUGUCAAUCAUAGGGAAUGUGCAGCAACAGGGGACACGUGUCAGCUUUGAUAUGGCAAACUCUUUAGUUGGAUUCUCACCCAACAAAUGCUAGAUAUGUAAUUUACAUAUUUAACCCCACUCUUAUAUAUUAUUAUUAUUAUAAUAAUUUAUAAGGUUUGGUAAAAAAGAAAAAAAAAAUUAAAUAUAGUAUAAGUUUUUUAGAUUUGUAUGGUUAUGGGAAUUUAGGGAAAAGAGAAAAGGAAAAGGGAAAGGUAAAGGAAAAGGCUAUGCCUUGGAGCAUUCAUUGAAUUGCUUGGGUGAUGAAAAGGGUCCCACCCAAAUAAAUUUGGGGAAGGUUUUGCCUUUGGACUGUGUGGGGUUCUCAUAAAUGAGUACUGUUUGGUUAUUUUUUUCUGUUGAAAAAUGGUUUAUAAUUGUACACUCAAUGGCAUGGCUUGCAAAUUUGUUGAAGCUUUGGGACCAUUUUAGUUACUAAGAUUGAAGUUACAGUUCUUGGUAUUAUUAUACUUUUGUAGUUUGUUGUGGACUUGUGGUAUUUUAUAGGCUUUGCAUGUAGGCCAUCUGGCAAACAAUACGACAAUAUGAUAUGAGAGUAAUUUU